AUGUUUAGAGUGUUUGCCUGUUUUGUACUUCUGUCAGCUUUGACCUUUUCUGAGGGUCAGCGGGAUAUUUACCCGGGAUUCUUACGACCCCAAGGACCAAGGGGCUUUCCGAGGUUCAACCCCAGACCUUGUGGACCAUCAAUUUGUGCCAAAAGUGGACUAUGCUAUCGCACUUUUGACAGCAUUUGUGAGCUCAACGAUUAUAAUAUAAGGAUGAUGUUCAGUGGCCAAGCUGAAUUCUACCCCGCAGACCCUAUUUUAUGCCGUGGACGGUCUACACACCCGAAACUCAUAAAUGUUGGAUACUCUUACAAUACUAAUCAUCGAGGUUUGCUCGUAGCCCAACAGCCUCGCUCGGGGUUUUCCUCUCCUGUUCCCAGGCCAAGUAUCUCCCUUAGUCCGGAAUAUGUUGGUGGUUACAAUGUAGAAGCGUUGCCAUAUGGGUAUGACCCAGUACUUGAUUAUGUGCGUCCGUAUCCGGCAUGGAACUUUAACCAGCCACAAGCACCACCGAGACGGCCGCCAGUGAGCAAUAGGCCUCCGUAUUGGUAUUAUCCGACCGCGAGGCCCGAUUCGACCAAUAGACCAUGCUACAUGGCAGCAACAACUACCACAAAAGCUCCUUCAUAUAAAACCACUACAACAAUCAAGCCAUCUACAACGACCAGCACAACCGAAAGCUCUUCAACGUCAACAACCACAGAACCCACAACAACAACCACUGCUGAAACAGCAACGACAACCACAGCGUCAACAACAACAACAACCAUAGAACCAUCUACAACAACUUCCGAAACAACAACAACCACCACUGAAACAACAACGACAACCACAGAGCCAACGACAACAACAGAACCAUCGUCGACAACAACUUCCGAUCCAACAACCACCACCACUGAAACAACAACGACAACCACAGAGCCAACGACAACCACAGAACCAUCGUCGACAACAACUUCCGAUCCAACAACCACCACUGAACCAUCAACAACAUUACCAACCACAACAUCCACUGAGGCCACUAACUCCACCUCAGUUCCAGCAACAACUAUAGAUUCAACCACAACUACAGAACCAACAACAACAGACUCGAUAACAACCACAACUACGGAAUCAACAACAGCUGUAGAUUCAACAACAACGACAACUUCAGAGCCAACAACAACUACCAAUCCUACAACGACACCUAUUUCUGAUCAGUCCACGUCAAGUUCCACGACAGAUCCUUCGACAACAACACCUUCAGAUCCAACAACGACAACAACUACAGAAUCUUCCACAACAACCUCUGAAGCUUCUACAGCGGACCCUUUGACAACAACAACUACAAAUUCAACAACGACAACUGACGAUCCCUCAUCAGCAACGACAACAGAUGCCUCUACAUCAACGACAGAAGAUGCCUUCACAUCAACAACAGAUGCCUCUACAUCGACGACAACAGAUGCCUCUACAACAACGACAACAGAUGCCUCUACAACAACAACAACGGAUGCCUCUACAACAACAACAACGAAUGCCUCCACAUCAACAACAGAUACCUCUACAACUGCAACGACUGAAUCUUCCACAACAACAACUACGGAUGCCUCUACAUCAACGACAACAGAUGCCUCUACAACAACAACGGAUGCGUCUACAACAACAACAACGGAUGCCUCUACAUCAACGACAACAGAUGCCUCUGCAACCACAACGACUGAACCUUCCACAACAACAACUGCCACAGCUAUAAGUCCUGUGACCAUAGCGAUCUCUAACGAAGAUGGAAGCAUAUUAGAAUUCCAGUUGGCUUCAAUGGCUGUUAACUCGGAUACAGGAAAUCCAAACUGCAGCGAGGUCACCAAUGUCCAAAUAACGACAGGAUCAAGGAUCGUCUUUCAGUUUUCUGGCUGCAUUGUGGCAAAUAACUCCAGUACAAUUACAACCUCAACCUCAACCGCAACUCCAACAACAACAACAACAACAACUCCAACAACAACAACAACAACUGAUGCCACCACCACUAACCAGCAAAUUCCGUUUUACCAUUAUUAUGGCAAUUCAGAAUCCUACGCCCAAUCGCAUUUCAUAUAUACUUUUUAAUUGGAUAUUGCUUUUUAAAACCUAAUAAAGAACAUGUAAAAUUUUUA